AAAGAAAAGAAAAGAAAAGAAAAGAAAAGAAAAGAAAAAAGGCCUUAAAUUGCAGUUCGCUAAAUACCCAACGGACAUAAGCAAUUAAAAGGUUACGAUGUUUUUAUGAAAAUUAUGUAUGAGCGUAUUACGGUCUCUUGCCUCGAAUAACGAAUAAAAUAAUACCAACAACAACAACAACAACAACACAACAACAAUAACGAUAUUAACAACAGAAACAAACGUGCAUUAUUCGCAAAUGUCAAACUAACUACUGCUACGGUCAUUGAAAACUUCAAUUUUAAUUUUCAUCAGAAUUUAAUAACUCUUUUAUUUCUCGUUCGAGCAUAUAUAAAAAAAUUAAGUAAAAGAAAGAAGAAAGAAAAAAGAAAAACUAGAAAAAGAAUAUAAUUUAGAUUUUCUUCGAUUUAUGUGUGUAUUUUGUAAAAAAUAGUAAGCAAGUCGAUCCUCGUAGUUAUUUAUCAUCUCUCUCUCUCUCUCUCUCUCUCUCUCUCUCUCUCUCUCUCUCUCUCUCUCUCUCUCUCUCUCUCUCUCUUUCUCUUUCUCUCAAAGUAACAAGAGCAUUACCUUUUUCAUUUAGUUCAGAGCAAGAGAUGAUGAAUUCGCAGACAUGAGGAUCGCUAUAUCGUACUUUCGAGGAAUAUCUUAAUGGUGUGCACACUCGCGCGCGCAAAAGAGAGAGAGAGAGAGAGAAAUAGAGAUAGAGAUAGAGAUAGAUAGAUAGAUAGAUAGAAAAAGAGAGAGAGAGAGAGAGAGUCCACGAGAAGCCUAGCUAUCUUGUUUCUUUUUUAUUUCAUUUUUUUUUGUCAUUUUUUCCACAUUUUUUUUUCUUUUACUUCUUUUGUUUUUCCUUUCUCUCUCUCUUUCUCUUUUUUUUUUGUUUCCCUAUUCGCAUCGAGGCAUUAGGAAGCACGUCUGGCACGAGACCGGAGACUCUUUACUGGAGAAAGAAGAAAAUCCUUCGACGAUGAUUGGCUGCUGUUGCUGCCGCCGAUAUUGCCGUUACUGUUUCUGCUUCUGUUACGUUGAACGAUCACGAUUCUCUUUGGUGGAUCCGUCGUCCGAUUUUGGUGAUCGAGGAUGCGUGAAGCCGGCAAGCGGAUGAAGGAGUAAGCUGAGAGGAGGAGGAAGGAUUCGUUAGGGAAGUAUAGUGAGGAAGAAGCUAUAGACGCUAUGGUGGUGGAGUGGUUGUGUCCUGGACUUAGGCCCACCGGAAGCCGUAGGCCCCGGCUCCUCCACUGCAAAGUGAUUCUUCUUGACGAGCAUGAAUUAUUGCAGGACGUAUUGAGCUCCAAUCUCGGCCAGGAAUUGUUGGAUAGAGUAUUCAGGCAUUUGAAUCUCUUAGAAACUGCUUACUUCGGUCUACGUUAUUUGGAUCACGAAAAUCAAACGCAAUGGCUAGAUCCCAGCAAAAAAAUUGGCAAACAGCUGAAAGUCCAAAAAGGGGAUCCAACCUCGGACGUUCAUACUCUUUACUUCGGUGUGAAAUUUUAUGCUGCCGAUCCAUGCAAACUCAUCGAAGAGAUUACAAGGUACCAAUUCUUCUUGCAAGUGAAACAGGACAUUCUGCAGGGAAGAUUGCCUGUAUCCUUUGAUCUAGCAGCCGAGUUAGGAGCAUACGUCGUACAAUCGGAGCUGGGUGAUUACGAUCCAAGAAGGCAUUCCUUAGGCUACGUUACAGAAUUUCGAUUCCUUGCGAAUCAAACGGCCGAGUUGGAGAAUCGAAUAGUGGAACUUCACAAGACACUCGUAGGACAAUUGCCAGCAGCUGCAGAACUGAAUUAUCUCGAUAAAGUAAAAUGGCUCGAGAUGUACGGAGUCGACUUGCAUCCAGUAUUGGGUGAGGAUAGCGUUGAGUAUUUUCUGGGCCUGACGCCAAGCGGUAUAAUACUCUUGCGCAACAAGACCAAAGUGGGCAAUUACUACUGGCCCAGAAUCAAUAAAAUCUACUACAAAGGUAGAUAUUUUAUGUUGAGGGUCAGCGAAAAGAAUUCCGAAGAGAGGACGCAUGGUUUUAAGACACCGUCUAAAGGAGCUUGUCGACAUCUAUGGAAAUGUUGUUUAGAACAUCAAGCAUUUUUCCGACUAAUGGCAACCGGUCCACCACCACUUAGUCCAUAUUCACGUUUUCGUUCGUACAGUCCACCAAGUGGUACUGAAAAGCAUGCUACUUCGAUCAGAAGAAAUCCACCACCUGCCUUUCAAAGGACACCUAGUCGAAGAGCUCAAAGACGAGUAGUCGAAGGACAAGAAAUGGUUGGUCCAUUUGUCGAAGGCCCAGCGACGAUUGGUCCAAAUCAAUGUAACAAUCCAGCUAGUUCUAACGUUCUGUGCAAUCCUCAAAAUACCAGACAACUUAGUAGUAGCUCCAGUCCAAGAAGUAUUAGAAGUGCACCUUGGACUCAGAGUCAACCUCGUGGGCUUUACACGUCGUCUAGUCCUCGGUCGGUUCGUUCAGCAGGAACGGCACCGGCGCUCUUGAGCAGACUCCAACGUAGGAGCAGCUCCGUUGAGAGCCAAAGUUCUGGGGACAGUCACAGUCGUGGUGGUCAUCGUAGAAGAAGUCAUAGUCAUAGUCAUCGGAGACAUAGUAGACAUUCCGAUUGCGAAUCAGAACUUUCUAGAGGAUCGGAUACGCGAUCAGGACAUCGGAAACAUCGUAGAAAGCAUAGGAGUUCGCGUUCUUCUAGACACGAGUUGGUAGAUUCCGAACCUCAGUGGAGAGAAGCACAAAGGCGUAAGGGUGAAGGCGUACAAAGAGCCAUCGUAAGUCAUACGGAGCCCAGAAGAAGGCAUAGAAGUAGACAUCGGAGUCCUUCUCAGAAACAACCCCUUCCGGAUGAGCUUAGAAAAUACACAUUUUCCAGACACUUGGAGUUUGGCCUAGUCGAUACCACUGGAAUGAGCGAACAGCAACGUCGAGAGAUUCCUUAUACGGUGGUACAAUCGCAAUCUGUACAGCAAUGUCCUUUACAAUCUAGCAAUUCUCGUUUGGACGAUGCAGAAACGUCGUCCCUACCUAGAACAAUCGGAUCGCUCGGGAAAAGAGACAGAAGAGUGAUUCAACAUAUUCGCGAUGGAAGUUAUAAUUUCCCUACAACAAGAUCCAGUCAAAUUGAGACAAAGUAUCCGGACGCUAGGAACGAGUAUAAUACAAGGAGGGACUUUUAUUAUACCCGUAACAACAGAAUAUUAAUAGGCAGUAACGUGGACAGUGGGCUCGGGGAAAGUACACCACAGGAGUUUUCCAGCUGCUGCUCAAGCUCUGCCGACAGCACUAAGCCUACUCGUGUAACGCAAUUGCAAUUAGGGGGAGAGGUGCACUACGAACUGUCUUCGAAUCAAGAUAUCUACCCUCCUGUUGACACUACUCUGGAUGCUGUUCUUCAGCCCAUUAUAUCAACCUUGACAAGGAGGCAAAGGAGCCACCAGAAAUGAGCAUGAAGCUUUAAAUAAAAUUCAAGCCGAAGUUUAUGCACAUAUUGUAUAUUUAAGAAAAUUUUUAUACCUCAUGAAAGUAAAUAUCUAUAAUCGUAGCAGUCACCGAAUCUUAUGAUAUGACACAUAAAGUUCACUAAACUGAA